GUCAUUCGAUCUAGGGAAUUUUUUGCCGUCAUGUUGUAUACUCACGUGUAGCUUUCCGCAGCAAAAAGAUAGGUGGUUAGGCAUUAUUUUCUAAAAACCACAUGGAUGAAUUGUUGGCAAAUUCAGCCCUAGAGGCUGAAAAAUUUAAGCCAACCGUAGUAAAUAAGCUUAUUGAUCUAAAUUAUGACUUAGGAAGCCUUUUAGCACAAGACACAAAUGAAUUUGAUACAAAUUUAUUAAGGAGGCAGAAGGAAGAUUAUUUGCUUAAUUUAGCUAGAGAUAACACCCAAUUACUAUUAAAUCAAAUAUGGGACUUAACUACAGAACGCCUAGAAGAAGCUAUUGUAGUGAAAUUACCACUUCAAAUAACUUUAUUACCUAGGAUGAAACCACUACCUAAGCCCAAACCUUUAACAAAGUGGGAACAGUUUGCCAAAACGAAAGGUAUACAGAAAAAGAAAAAAUCCAAGUUAUCAUGGGACCAGCAACUCAAAAAGUGGGUACCCUUAUAUGGAUUUAAGCGAACACAAGCUGAAAAAGAAAAAGAUUGGGUUCUGGAAGUUCCCGCCAAUGCUGAUCCAAUGGAGGAUCAAUUCCAAAAGAAAGCACAAGCUAAAGGUGAGAGGGUGGCCAAAAAUGAGUUGCAGAGGUUGAGAAAUAUUGCAAAAACUAGAAAAAUUAAAGUCCCUCGAGUUGGUGUCACAAAUCCUGAAGUGUCUACAGCUAAAGAUUUACAAGCCGCAGUGACUAUAGCAAAAGCAUCAACAGCAAGUUUAGGUAAGUUUCAGAGGGAAUUACCUAAGGAAAAAGAAGCAAGAGGAAUAUCAGCAAUCACACCUGGAGUAUCGAGAAAAAGGAAACUGGCACCAGUAUCUGGUGACACAGAAAGGAAGGAAACAUUAGCCAUAGUUGAUUCGAUUUUGAACAAAAGGCCUAAAUUAGACAUAGAAAAAGCUGUAUCAAGACAUGUUAAUAAUGAAGUUGGAGGAAGUUCCAAUCAAGGAAGAUCGGAGAGCAGAAAAAAAAGUAAUUCUUCUGCAAAAAACAAGAAACCUAAAGGCAAGGGGGGACAGAGGAAAGGUGGUAAAAGUGGAGGUGGUAGGAAGAGACGCUGAUAGUCUUUGUUAUUGUUAAUGCUGUGUAUAUAGUUUAGAUUAAGAACACUUACCGGAUCAACAGUUGGGAAUUCGGCCUCUUUUUCAGCGGCUCGAUGUAUUAUACGAAGCAUAUAUUUAAAGAAGGCAUUUCGGUUUUUUUUGACCACAGGAUCGUCAGACUUUAAAUUACACAAUUUUUGGAUCCACUUUUUGCAAAUAUGUCUGUCUAAAAACAAUUACUAAUGUUUACAAAGCCUGACAUAUCAGUGGAAAGCAUAGACAUCUUUAUUAAAGAUGAUGAGGAACGUAAGUCCUGGCUAUAGAUUGUAUUAGCGAUUUUUUUUUGUAUAUAGUUCUUCUAAACUCCAUAGUGAGUCCAAGCCCAAACACAGUAGAUGAAUCAUAAAACAAUCUUCGUUUUACAACAAUAAAACAUCGUUUUUGUUUUGAUCCAUUUUGUAAAUAAAACAGGAUAUAUACUCUGGGCUAAUUAGCAAAAUACAAGGAAAAGUUAUUUACCAGCAAUUUUAUUGCUGGAAUCGAAUCUUAUGAUUCUAUUUAAUAAUAUAGGUAUGCAAAGUCCGCACAUAUUGUGCUACUUUUUUUAUAAACAAAAUGGCGCCCGAAAAUCGUAUUUUUUUUCAGUUUUUGCUCUAUAACUCCAAAGAUUUUAACUUUACACCAAAAACACCCAAAUAAAAAUUCACCGUAAUUAAAUUCUGCAUAGAGACGUGUUUUUCCCGAUUUACUUCGACGAAAAUUUUCCCCGUAAAAUGCGGGUUUUUCCAACAAAAUUUUUAAUUUUCAACUAAAAUUUUAGAUAAGUAAUUGUUUAUCAAUAAUUAAAUAGCUUGGUAAUAUAAAAGCUCUUUUUGUACAGAUUACAAUUACAGAAGCCGAUUUAAAUUGAAUGAACAAUUUAGCAACAAUUGAAUUGUUAAUUAAAAAUUUACGGUCGCUAUAAUAUCCACAAUAAUUAUGAUACAUAAGAAUAACUAUGAUUUUUGUAUAAAAAGACACUGUACCUAUCUAAUGUACUUUACAGAAUUGAAAUUGGACUAUUUAAGCGGCCUCAGGAAUAUUUUAAAAUUAUAAACAAUUUUUUAGCUUAUAAACAAAUAGAAUAUCUCGGGAAAUAUUAAAUUAAAUUAAAUCAUGAAAACGGUAUUGAAAAAAAGAGGCAGGACGCUUCUUUUAAAAGAAAAAACGUUUAAUUGUGAUUAGUGGUUCCUGAGAUACAACCGGUCAAAGUCGACCGGUAUUUACGGCAAAGAUAUAAACAAUAGGAUUAUAAUUUUCGAACCAUCACCUUUUUAUUUCAGUCCUCUUUCUCCACACCCAUUUUCAUAUCUUUAAAAUACUUACAAUAGCCAAAAAUAGCAAAAUUCCAAUCAAAAAUUAGGUUGGAGAAAAUGUAAUCUCAAAGUUCAAAAUCGGUAUACGUUAAAAAAAUGUAUUUUCUCGGCUUCCCAUGGAACAAUUUUCUUCAUUCUUUUGAUGUUCCCAAGUAACUCGAGUAGAGCCAUCGAACUAACUCAUUAUUAAAUGUCAAAGUUGCUUUUGUUUUGUUAUAAGAAAUUAAUUUAUUUAUUAUAACAAAAUUUUAACUUGUUUAAAUAAAGAUUGCUUAAAUAAUUAUACAGCUUUCAUUUGAGAAUAUUUGAGUUUUUAACUUUAAAAGAUACACUUGUAGUAAGUUUAUCUAAAAAAGUCUAGAACUGAAAAAAAUAUGUAGUUUUCUUUUCUUAUAAAUAAAUUAAUCUAUUAUACCAAAACAAAAGCAAGUUUGACAUUUAAUAAUUAGUUAGUUAGAUGGCUCUACUCGAGUUACUUGAGAACAAAAAAAGAAUGAAGAAAAUUGCUCCAUGGGAAGCCGAGAAAAUGCAUUUUUUUUUAACCUAUACCGGUUUUGAACUUGGAGAUUACAUUUUCUCCAACUUAAUUUUUGAUUGUAAUUUUGUUAUUUUUGGCAAUUUUCACUCGUAAUAUCGAUAGUUUUUAUUAUAUGUAAUAAUAUAUGAAAGGCACAAGGGAAAAACCCCCUUAGUCAAUUUUUUCAAGAAGUGGGCUGAUGACGCUAUCCAGUGGCUUCAAACGAAUAGUUUUUAAACAUUUUAUUAGCUUCUGUACAAAACACCGUCUAUCUACUAAAAUCCACGUUAGAAAAUAUGCGGCACUGGGGAAAAACCCCGUCAGUCAAUGCAUUUGUAUGGAAGGACCCCGUGAGUCAAAUGAUAUUGUAGUAAUCCGUUACCGGAGUUGGUUUAGCCUCCAGAAUUGAAAAAACUUAAAUGGUUGUUUUCUCGAAAUUUACUUUUUUUGACUGACGGGUUUUUUCCCUGUGCCCUUCAUAUGUUAUGAGUAUUUUAAAAAUAUGAAAAUUUGUGUAGUGAGAGAGGACCGAAAUAAAAAGGUGAUGGUUUGAAAAUUACGAUCCUGUUGCCUAUAUCUUUUCCGUAAAUACCGGUCAACUUUGACUGACUGUAUCUCAGGAACCACUCAUCACAAUUAAACGUUUUCUUUUAAAAGAAGCGUCCUGCCGCUUUUUUUCCAAUACCGUUUUCAUAAUUUAAUUUAAUAUUUCCCGAGGUAUUCUAUUUGUUUAUAAGCCAAAAAAUUGUUUAUAAUUUUAAAAUAUUCGUGAGGCCGCUUAAAUAGUCCAAUUUCAAUUCUGUAAAGUACAUUAGAUAGUUCCAGUGUCUUUUUAAACAAAAAUCAUAGUUAUUCUUAUGUAUCAUAAUUAUUGUGAAUAUUAUAGCGACCUUACAUUUUUAAUUAACAAUUCAAUUGUUGCUAAACUGUUCAUUCAAUUUAAAUCGGCUUCUUGAAUUAUAAUCUAUACAAAAAGAGCUUUUACAUUACCAAGUUAUUUAAUUAUUGAUAAACAAUUACGUAUCUAAAAUUUUAGUUGAAAAUUAAAUAUUUUGUUGGAAAAGUCAUCAUUUUCCGGGGAAAAUUUUCGUCGAACUCAAUCGGGAGAAACACGUCUCUAUGCAGAAUUUAAUUACGGUGAAUUUUUAUUUGGGUGUUUUUGGUGUAAAGUUAAAAUCUUUGGAGUUAUAGAGCAAAAAUUGAAAAAAAUACGAUUUUCGGGCACAAAAUAGGAUUUUGUUUAUAAAAAAAGUAGCACAUUAUCUGCGAACUUUGCAUUACUAUAUUAUUAUUACAUAGAAUCAUAAGAUUCGAUUCCAGCAGUCAAAUUGCUGGUAAAUAACUUUUUCCAAUAAUGUCCUAUUCUCCGAUAAUCUGCACUAGUGAUGUAACGAAUAUUCGCAUUCGCAUUCGCGAAUAUUCGCAUAUUUUUGCAUAUUCGCGUCACAUUCGCAUUCGCGAAGUUUGUGCGAAUGUUUUGCGAAUAUGAAUAUCAGAAAGAAAAAUAAUUAGAAGAUAAUAUUAGGUUAAUAAAAUCAAAAUCUAUUCACUUCUCAUCUUUUUUUUUAUUAAGAAAAGGUAACUCAACCUCGUGUAAUCACGUUAUCAGUGUUGAAGUUAUUUUAUUAUUUGGUAUUAUUUAAUAAAGCUUAAGAGAAAACGGAAUGCUCAGAAGUCGAUACAACAACGAGCUUUAUCAACUUUAUAAGGAAACGCCUCUGUCAGACUGCAUUAGAAUACAAAGAUUGCAAUGGACCGGAUAUGUGAUAAGAAUGGGAGAGGAUAGGCUACCAAAAAGAGCACUGAACGCUAGAAUGCAGGGAAAGAGACUGGUUGGAAAGCCAAGAAAGCGCUGGGAAGAUACAGUAAACAGCGACGCACAAGCCCUUUUAGGAGUCCGUGUAUGGAGAAGAGCAGCCACAGACAAACAAGGGUGGAGGCAAAAAAUAAAGGAGGCAAAGGCUCAAUUUGGGCUGUGGUGCCGUAGAAGAAAAAGAAUAAAGCUUAAUCUUCUUAUUAUAAAUUUAGAAAACAUUACAAAAAUAGAAAUAAAUUUAAAAAACUGAAUAUUCGCAUUCGCAUCCGCAUUCGCGAAUGUCAGUAGCAGAUAUUCGCAUUCGUAUUCGCGAAUGUUCAAAAAAUGAUAUUCGUUACAUCACUAAUCUGCACAGACUAAAACUUCAUAAGGGAAGAUUCAUUUUGGGACAGCAUAUUAGCCCAAUAAAUGACCGUUUUGGAGUGUAAUUUCCAGGGGCAACUCUGAUUUGCAUGAGAAUUUGGAUUUAGGUUCUACUUACCCUCCACUUCAAAGUUGAAUUUGUGCCGUUAGUUGCUUUUACUGGGGGAGGGGGGUGACAUUUACCCCUUCUCGCGGGGUAAAUAACGCGCGUUUAAAAUAAGGCCGGAAAUGGAUAAGUUGACUUAUUUUAAGUACGUUUUGUUCUAUAAAGUUUUUUACGUUAGUCAAUACUUUUCGAGUUAUUCGCGAUUUAAAAUGUUAAUUUUUCGACAAAAAAACUACGUUUUCAGACUGUUUUUCCCAAAUAACUCAAAAAGUAAAUAUUUUAUCGAAAAAAAUAUUUUUAGCAAAAGUGUAGCCUAUAAAAAAACGAAAAAAAUGGUGUACCAGUAAAGUCUACAAAUUGAGUAGAAGCAAAGUUGUAGCUCAUGAAAAAUACGUUCUUAUUCGUCUAAUUCCAAAUCGAAUAAUUCAACGUGAAAUCAUCGAAGAAAGGAGCGUUUUUCGGGAAAACCUUAUUAACAUUUUUAAAGUAUCGAAAAAAAGCUUAUUAUUUGUUUUUACAAAUGUUGACAACAUCAAAAAUAAACGAGUUACACUGAAAAAAAUAGUUGGCCCCUUUUUUUUGAUAAAAAAUCCUGAAAACCUCCCUCUAUUUAGCACUCUAAAUGAAAUUAAUCGUUUUUCUUUACCAUCUAUUUUAACUGUAUGUGUAUUGUUUAUAUGAUCUGUAAGUUUGAUUGGUUUGAAGUGAUUAUUUUUGAAAACAUUUGGUUUUACAGUAAAAAAAAUUUUCUAAAAAUUUUUGAAAAAUUUCAUUUUUUCAAAAUAACUUAAAAAGUAUUAGGGAUAAGAAAAAUCUUAAACAGUAAAAAAAUGUAGGUUUUGCUAUUAUAAAUAUGCUAGUUUCAUUUUGUUUCUCCGUAAGACAAAAAUUGGUUAAGAUAUGGCUGUUCAAAAUUUGCAUACACUCGUGAUUAGUGACCCAUUCAAGCUUUCUCAAUUAUAACCCUUUCAAAAAUAAACACUUUAAACCGGUGAAACUGACAGAUCAUAUAAAAAAUAGAUAGGUAAGUAAAUUGUUUGUAAAGCGGUAGCGAUUAAUUUCAUUUGGGGAGCUAAACACGGCGAGAUUUUCAUGAUUUUUUACAAAAAAAAGAGGGCCAACUUUAGUUUGAGCGUAACUUGCUUAUUUUUAAUGCUAAAACUUUUGUUAACAAUUAAAACAAAGCUUUUUAUAAACACUUUAAAAAAGUUUAAAUGGGGUUUUCCCGAAAAGUGCUUAAUUUUUCGGUGAUUUCACCUUGAAAUAUUCGAUUUGGAAUUAGACGAAUAAGAACGUAUUUUUCAUGAACUACAACUUUGUUUUUAUUUGAUUGAUAGACUUUACUGAUACACCAUUUUUUUGGGUUUUUUAUAAGCUACACUUUCGCUAAGAAUAUUUUUUUCGAUAAAAUAUUUACUUUUUGAGUUAUUUGCGAAAAACCGUCUGAAAACGUAGUUUUUUUGUCGAAAAAUCAACAUUUUCAUUUGCAAAUAACUCGAAAAGUAUUGACUUAAGUAAAAAACUCUAUAGAACAAAAGUUGCUUAAAAUCAGCCAAUUUAUCCAUUUCCGGUCUUAUCUUGAACGUAUGUUUUUUCACCCCCGAGAAGAGGUGACUUUCACCCCCCAAGUAAAAGCAACCAACGCACUCUUUCAACUUUGAUAUGGAAGGUCAGUAGAACCUAAAUCCAAAUUUUCAUGCAAUUCGGAGUUGCCCCUGAAAAUUACAGGGUAUCGCCGAAUUUCCCGUUCAUUUACUGGGCUAUAUGUCGUGAGAAUCACAUCAGCGAAAACCAAAUAUAGGAUUCAAUGACUAUUAGAAGGACUAUAAUAUAAAUUUCUUGUUUUUGUCAUUAGGAUUGCUACUUACAAACAUCACAAAAAAGUCUACGUUUAUUUUAAUUUAUUUAAAGUAAGUUCUUGUAGAUAUUUGUGAUGAUAAUCAUUUUUGGAAAUAAACUUAAGAAACAUAUUUUUUACAAAUUUAGCAAUCUAAUUUAUUGAAUGUAAUUAAAGCUUCAGAAAUAUUAAAUAUUUUGUUUAAUAGUGUAUCUCGAGGCUUGAUUUAUUCCUAUGUCGCCGCGUCUAUGGUCAGGACCCAAACAAUUAUAAGAGUUAAUUUGAAUUCAUUUUGACAGUUAACAAAAAAAUUUCAAAAUUUUUCGUCAAAUGUAGAUUUAAUUUUCAAACGACUGAUCUGUUUACCUUCUUUAAAAAAUGUAUACGAAAUAAAUUUUUGAAAUAAAUGAAAAUAUAAUUGGAAAUAAAUGGAAAAAUAAUUGUCGAAAAAAUGUAAAUAUACGAAAUAAAUUGUCUGAACCAUUUCAAAUGCCUGUUGUAAAAAUCGUCAUAUGUAAUGUACAGUUUAUAAAAUUAGAAUAAGAAAUGUUAAUUUUUAAAAAAUGCAGUUGUUAAAACCUUAAAAUGAAAUAAAUGUAAUAAACCAAUA